AACAGUUAUGCAGGUGAAGAAAGAAAAAGCCGAGAAAAGAUAUCUGGCACGUGGGUUAGCCUUUUCUUUCUUACAUUAGCAGACUAAGAAGCUGAUUCUCGUAGAUAAUGUUCAGGGAGAAAAAUGGUAGAUUAAAGAGCUUUAAACAGUAGAAUGAAAUGAAACUAUUCCUGUAAUGAAAGGCAAAAACAGAUGUAUUAGAACCAAAUGAUUCCUGAAAUGAAAUUACUCUCGUAGAUAGUGUUGUUCAGGGAGAAAAAUGGCAUCGACACAAACAAAAUAUGUUAUCGAUAAGAUGUAGAUAACGAAGAUGUAUUAGGGGCAAAAUGAAAACCGAGUCAAAUCAAUCAUGCUUUUAUUUUAUACAGAAAAAAACGAAAGAUAUUAUAAUAAACUGUGUAUUGUUUGGCUAGCUACAAUUAUUGGCUAUAUUGUUCAAAAACAUAAAGUUUUACAAUAGUCACCACCACAAAGCUCGGGAAAGAGAGCUAGACUAAAAUGGCAGAAACUGCAGUGUCUUUUGCUAGUCAGCAUGUGCUUCCAAAAUUUUUGAAAGCUGUAAAGAUGCUGAGAGAUCUACCAAAAGAAGUAGCAGAAGUUACGGAUGAACUAGAAAGCUUUCAAGAUUUCAUCCAAGAUGCAGAUAAAGUGGCUGAAGCUGAUGAUGAUAAAAAUAGGCGUGACAGAAUAAGGAAAAGGAUGAUGAGACUGAGAAAAGCAGCUGUUUGCAUGGAGGAUGUCAUCGAUGACUAUGUUAUCUGCAACGAAAAGCAAUCUGAACAAGAUCCUCGGUGUGCAGAUUUACUCUGUGAGGCCGUUGAGUUCAUCAAAACUCAAAUCCUUCGCCUUCAAAUAGCGUAUCGGAUUCAGGAUGUUAAGACACUUGUUCAUGCCGAAAGAGAUGGCUUCAAAAACCAUUUUCCUAUAGGACCAAGAUCAGACGGUUCUAGAGGAAAUGAAAACUUCACAUGGCAGAAACUUCGAAUCGAUCCUCUCUUUAUUAAGGAAGACGAGGUUGUUGGAUUUGAAGGCCCUAUACAUACAUUGAAAAAGUGGUUGACAGAGGGAAGAAAAGAACAACGCACUGUCAUCUCUAUUGUAGGAAUGGCAGGAUCGGGAAAAACCACUCUUUCUAAGCAAGUUUUUGACAGAGUCAAAGACUUUGAGUGCCAUGCGUUGAUCACAGUGUCUCGAUCCUACACUGUUGAAGGGCUACUGAGGGAUAUGAUUAAAGAACUUUGCGAAGAAAGAAGAGAGAAUCCUCCUCCCGCUGUUCAAACUAUGAAUCGAAUUUCGUUGAUAAAAGAAAUCAGAAACCGCUUAUGCCACAAGAGGUAUGUUAUUUUGUUUGAUGACGUAUGGAAUGAAACAUUUUGGGAUGACAUUGAAUUGGCUCUGAUUGAUAAUGAAAAUGGAAGUAGGAUAUUAAUCACUACUCAGGAUGAUAAAGUUGUGAAGUUCUGUAAAAAAGCUGUAUUUUUUGAGGAGCAUAAGUUACAACCUUUAAGUCAAGAAAAAUCAUUGGUGUUGUUAUGUAAGAAGGCGUUUGGAAAGGAUUUUGAUGGAUGUUGUCCAAAAGAUUAUGAAGAAGUAGGUCUGGACAUUGUUAGGAAGUGUGGAUGUUUACCUCUGGCAAUUGUAGCUAUCGGUAGUCUUUUGUAUAGAAAAUGUAAAAGUCCAUCUGAUUGGGGCCUGUUUAGACAAAAUUUAAGUUUAGAGAUGGAGAGGAAUCCCGAGUUAGACAGUGUAAAAAAAAUUUUAAGUUUGAGUUACGAAGAUUUACCACAGAAUCUUAGGUCAUGUUUGUUAUAUUUCGGAAUGUAUCCAGAAGAUUGCGAAGUUAAAUGUGGUAGAUUAAUUGAGCAGUGGAUAGCUGAAGGGUUUGUGAAACAUGAAAGUGGAAGAAAUCUAGAAGAAGUUGCGCAACAACAUUUAAUGGAGUUGAUCAGUCGAAGUUUGGUACUAGUAUCAUCAUUUACCACAGAUGGCAAAGCUAAAGCAUGUCGUGUUCAUGACUUAAUACAUGAAAUGAUCCGUGGAAAAAUGAAGAAUACGGAUUUUUGUCACAAUAUUGAUGAGCAUAAUCAUUUGGAGUCAAGUGGUAUCAUUCGACGCUUAACAAUAGGAAGAAAUUCCAAUUGUUUAAGUGGAUCUAUCGAAGAAUCACAAUAUGUUCGGUCAAUUCUAAUAUUUACAGAUGAAGUGUCAUCGAAAGACUUCACCAGGCGCUUGGUUGCAAAAUACAUGCGAUUGAAGGUGCUGGAUUUUGAAUAUGCUCCAUUAUAUGAUGUUCCUGAAAAUUUGGGGAGUUUAAUCCACUUAAAGUAUCUAAGUUUUCGGGGUACAUCGAUAAAAGGCCUUCCAAAAUCCAUUAGUAAGCUCCAGAACUUGGAGACCCUAGAUGUACGAACAGAUAAGGAGAUUGAGAUACCGAAGGAGAUUACCAAGCUGAGAAAGCUACGUUGUCUAUUGGGCAGCCUACUAUCUUCCAUUGAAGUGAAGGAUAGUCUUGGGAGCAUAACAUCCCUGGAAAAGAUGCAUUUAUUGAUAAUAGAUCCAAAUGGAGUAGUUAUUAGGGAGCUUGGAAAGCUAAAGCAAUUAAGGGAUCUGAGGCUUGUUAAUCUUAGGGGAGAUCAUGCGGAUACUCUUUGUUCCUCAAUAAACGAGAUGCCACUCUUGGAGCGACUGCAUAUCUCCUUACAAUAUGGGACUGAAGCAAUUGACUUGCACAUUAGGUUAUCCUUGUUUAAACUAAGGGAGCUUCUUCUAUGGGGCAAAUUAAAAGAGUUCCCAAAUGGGAUUCCACUGUUCCAAAAUCUUGUGAGUUUGACAUUGAUUCAUUCCGCGUUAACUAACAUUCCGUUGAUAUCUUUGGGAAAUAUGCCAAAUUUGUUGAUCCUCGUUUUCGGCCUCUCUUCUUAUGAAGGAGAAACUUUACAUUUUCAAAAUGAAGGAUUUCUAAAACUAAAGGAACUGGGGUUUACUAGUUUGUAUGAUUUGAGGUCCGUCUUUAUUGAUAGCGGGGCACUGCAAUCUUUGGAAAAGCUUACGAUAAUGAAUAUUCCACAACUGAAUGCGGUACCCUCUGGCAUUCAACACUUAAAGAAACUCCAAUAUCUCUGGAUCUGUUAUAUGUCGACUGCAUUUCACCAGAGGAUUGACCCCAAUGGAGGAGAAGAGUAUUUCAUGGUCAAACAUGUGCCCUAUCUACAUAUUGAAACACACUGUCCUGUUUUAUAGUCAAGUAAUUUGAGAGCGAGAACUUCAUCAAGUCAGGAGUCUAACAUUUAGUGGAGAUGUUGAAUUGAGGAACCGAACAAUUGUGUCGUCUAUGUCUACUCGAGGAACCCAACAUUGUUGAUAAGUAAGCAUUUAAAUUUGUAGUUUUGUAAAUACGGAUGCAAGUGAUGUUGCAUAUUGCUUUAAGGCUGGUCUUUGGACAUGCAUGAAGAAGUUUGUCUCUUCUGAAUUUUGGUAUUUUGAUGGAAAUGUAGUGUGCAUACCAUUGUGAAGUGAUGCACAUGAAUGCUGGUAAAAGUGAUUGCUGGAGAUGAAUUGGUUGGAGUACUGUUUUCAACCCAUUUUGUUUGAUCAUCUUAGAUAUGUUGUGGAGUGUUAAAGUUUCAAAAGGGUCGCUUUAUGUUUGUAAAUGAGUGAUCAGAACAACACAAAAUUUUCGGAAAUUUUCAUGACGAUUAUGUUGGAACAAUUUUCAUACCCUGCAAUGUUCAUUC